GGGGGAGGGGAGCGAUGCGGCGCCGGCGGGCGGCCGUGGCCGCGGGUUUCUGCGCCUCCUUCCUGCUGGGCUCCGUUCUCAACGUGCUCUUCGCACCGGGCUCGGAGCCUCCGCGGCCAGGCCAGUCCCCGGAGCCCUCGGCAGCCCCCGGCCCGGGCCGUCGCGGGGGCCGUGGGGAGCUGGCCCGGCAGAUCCGGGCGCGCUACGAGGAGGUGCAGCGCUACUCCCGCGGGGGCCCGGGACCGGGAGCCGGCCGGCCAGAGCGGCGGCGCCUGAUGGACCUGGCUCCGGGCGGGCCGGGCCUGCAGCGUCCCCGGCCCCCGCGGGUCCGACCCCCACCCGACGGCGCUGCGGGCUGGCCCCCUGCUCCUGGCCCGGGUUCCCCCGGCCCGGGCCCGCGCCUGGGCUGCGCCGCGCUCCGCAACGUGUCUGGCGCGCAGUACGUGGGCUCUGGCUACACUAAAGCUGUGUACCGGGUCCGCCUGCCCAGCGGCGCCGCGGUGGCGCUUAAAGCAGUGGACUUCAGCGGCCACGAUCUGGGCAGCUGCGUUCGCGAGUUCGGGGCGCGAAGGGGCUGCUAUCGCCUGGCGGCCCACAAGCUGCUCAAGGAGAUGGUGCUGCUGGAGCGACUGCGGCACCCCAACGUGCUGCAGCUCUAUGGCUAUUGCUAUCAAGACAGUGAGGACAUCCCAGACACGCUGACCACCAUCACAGAGCUGGGCUCCCCUGUGGAAAUGAUCCAGCUGUUGCAGACUUCCUGGGAGGAUCGGUUCCGGAUCUGCCUCAGCCUCGGCCGCCUCCUCCACCACCUAGCCCACUCCCCGCUGGGCUCGGUCACUCUGCUUGACUUCCGCCCCCGGCAGUUUGUGCUAGUGGAUGGGGAGUUGAAGGUGACGGACCUGGAUGACGCCCGUGUGGAGGAGACUCCGUGCACUAGUGGUGCCGACUGCUUACUCGAGUUUCCAGCCAGGAACUUCACCCUACCCUGCUCGGCCCAGGGCUGGUGUGAGGGCAUGAAUGAGAAACGGAACCUCUACAAUGCCUACAGGUUCUUCCUCACGUACCUCCUGCCCCAUAGUGCCCCGCCUUCCCUCCGGCCUCUGCUGGAUACCAUCGUCAAUGCCACAGGAGAGCUCACCUGGGGGGCAGAUGAGACCCUGGCCCAGCUGGAGACAGUGCUGCACCUGUACCGGAGUGGGCAGUACCUGCAGAACUCUACAGGCAGCAAUGCUGAGUACCAGCGCAUUCCAGAUAGUACCAUCCCCCAGGAGGACUAUCGCUGCUGGCCAUCCUACCACCAUGGUGGCUGCCUUCUGUCUGUGUUCAACCUGGCCGAGGCUGUAGAUGUCUGUGAGAGUCAUGCUCAGUGCCGUGCCUUUGUGGUCACCAACCAGACCACCUGGACAGGUCGGAAGCUGGUCUUCUUUAAGACUGGAUGGAGCCAAGUGGUCCAUGAUGCCAGCAAGACCAUAUAUGUGAAGGCCCCUGGGUGACUGGUUGUGGGCUCAGCUGACCAGCUGGCAUCUUCGACAGUUGGGCUUGCCUGCUGCAGGAGUGACUGUACACUCAAGACAUUUGCAUAUCACCUGGGAACCCCUGCAGACAAGGCUGUCAUCCCAGAGCCACUGACAUGACCAGGACAAACGUGCAAUAUGCAAAAUGUUAAAAUGUGAGUUUGCCAGCUGAGGUCUUGAGACUGUUGCUUCCAGCCUGGGAAUCCCUGGCUGGGAUCUGACUGCCUCUCCUGAGCUCUGGGCUUUGAAAGCAGGGCCUCAGGCUGGUCUUAACUGGGACAGUUCCGUGG